AUGAUGUUAGACCCCUCAGGAGGUGCAAUGCAUCAACAGGAACAGGAACACAAGAAGAAACGGGACGGUGGUUCCCACGUUGGAUCUUCUUCAAGUGAUGGUCAUGGAGGCGUAAACCAACUGGGUGGAGUGUUCGUGAACGGUAGGCCACUACCGGAUGUGGUCAGACAGAGGAUAGUCGAACUGGCCCACAACGGAGUCCGGCCCUGCGACAUUUCCAGGCAGCUGAGGGUGUCGCACGGCUGUGUGUCGAAGAUUCUCUCUAGAUACUAUGAAACGGGUAGCUUUAAGGCUGGUGUCAUCGGUGGAUCGAAACCGAAAGUGGCGACUCCACCAGUAGUCGACGCCAUAGCGAACUACAAGAGAGAAAACCCCACCAUGUUCGCAUGGGAAAUUCGUGAUAGGCUUUUAGCAGAAGGGAUUUGUUCUCAAGAUAACGUACCUAGUGUUUCAUCAAUUAAUAGGAUUGUAAGAAAUAAAGCCGCUGAAAAGGCAAAACACGCCCACCACAUCGCGACGAGCAACGCAGGAUCGUCGGCGACUGGAGGACCUGUAUCUGUGAUUGCGCACGCGCCCGCCACCCAGUUAAGCGAACCCAGAUCUGGAGCGUAUAGUAUUAAUGGAAUCCUUGGUUUACAGCACGACCCCAACGGCAAUAGUAUAAAGAGAAAACGAAUAGACGACCAUGAUGAAAAUAGAGAUAUAAAUGGGCAUCCGGAGGAUGACCUAAAAAGGCAGAGAUCACAGUAUAAUGGGGACCAGCUAUAUUCAAAUCUUUGGUCGAGUAAAUGGAGUAUCAAGGAUGAGCACAAGCUGUUGUCGGAACUGGGUGGAGCGGGAACGACCACGGGUCAGACGGGAUACUACGACACGCAUGCAGGUUUUGCUGGCGUCGGUACCGUCAGUUCUGCCUCGGAUAUCUACGAUACCAUCAACACCAUGAGCCAAGCAACCUCCCAAAAUAUUUACACACCUCCUCUUCCGGGUUCACUAGGUACCAGUUCAUUGACCCCGUUAGCCCCAAUAACUAUGCACGAAAUGAAAAUAGAAACCAGUAGGAUAAUGGAUACAGCAAUGUCCCCAUACCAUUCCGCCGAGACUAGUUCGCCGUACAGUGGCGUGGUCGGGCUGGGGGCAGCAGUGGACGGGGCUUCCCCCGGGCUACCGCUGGCUCUGCCCGCGGAAUCCGGAAGCCAACCCGCAUCGCAUACCGGAUCGCCGGAUCCAGCAGCUCUCACAGUUCUCCAGCCCUCCAACGGCGCCUCACAACACUAUUCCACAAUGUUACCCAGUUUUGGUUAUUCUACAACAGCAGGCACCACGGUCGUACCAGGAACUGAUUAUGCUUACAGUACGGCUUAUAGUCAGUAUGGGGCGGCUUAUGGUACCUAUGGUUAUGGAAGCGCAUCCAGCGGGUUACUCAAUACGGCUUAUUAUUACACCAGCAACGACGUCCACGUUAACCACGUUAACAACAACGUGCCGGCGCAAGGAAACGGCGUUAAUUCGAACGGAAACACGGAACAAAGCAGCCGAAGCCCCCUGGCGGCGACUAGAGCAAACUCCCUGGCCUCAGCGAAUUCGCCAACAGAGAGUGGCAGCGCUUGUUUAACGAAGACAGAAAACAUUUUCAACACCCAUGAUCUGAACCUCGCUUAAGUUCUGGUGCGAACUGGCGGAAAAUUUGAAAAACUGAAUAAAUGGCUGAACAUUUCUUGAAAAGAGUGCGAGAGAAGGGUGGGAUAAGUGUGUAGAUACUUUAGGAUAAGUUACACGUAGUAAUUGUUUUUGUAAAUUCAUUUGUGUUUUAGACAAAUCGAUGCAAAUAAGUAUUGUAAGAUAUACAUUGGUCUCAGAAUACUACGAAGAAUUUUGUUAUUUAUUUACUGUAAUCAUUUCAAAUGUGUUUUUUAUUACAAUAUAUUAUAUUUUAUAUAUUUUAGCGAAGUAAGAUACACCAAAGAAAUGUUUUUUUACGAUUUAUGUUUAUAUGCACUUUUUAUCAUAUCAAGACGUAAUUUGCAAGGAAAUUACAAACUGCUGAAACAUUUCAUUGCAAGUUGCCAUUUUGUGUAAUUAUUUUUUUGUUAGAUAUGUUCUUAAUUUGCACCAAAUCCGUAUAAUUACAUGACAGAAAUGAUUUUCAAAAAAGUUAUCUGUCAACUAGUCAGAGAAAAACGUACUUACCUACAUCCAUACUUUUGUGUUCUCUGAAUCACUAAAUUCCGUGUAUAUUUAUCCAAAAACUAAAUCCCUUUAAAAAGAUAUUCUAAAAGAUAUAUUUAUUUUACGCGAAUCCAAUAAAUAUGUACGGAAUUUCGAAACACCUUUGCUGAUUACAAAGUAACCAGCGAAGGUGAAAAUACGUAAAUGUAAAGAAAAUUAUUUAUUUUAUUUUGUAAAAUGUGUAAUAAUAUACCAAAGAGACGGCGGACUUAUCAAAGCUGUCAAGGUAUUGUAAGUAUUGUAUUGUAAAAUGUGAUAGGCCCAAAUAUUUCAGGCCCCGUCUUGCCCUUAAACCAAUCCUGUCACAUUCACUCAUAGUUGU